AUGUCAAGUUCAGCAGUCACCCAUCGUCGCGUGUUCAGGCGUACUGACGACUAUACUCCCGGUACACCUAAAAUCAAGCUUGUUCAGGAAACACUCCAGCUACCUCUUGCGCCAACAUCGGUCUUGAUCAAGGUCCAUGCUGUGGCUCUCAACUAUCGCGAUGCUAACAUCGCGAAUGGAGGAAAUCCGUGGCCAAUAACACCCAACGGCAUCCUGUGCAACGACGCAGCUGGUGAGAUUAUUGCUAUUGGCAACAAGGUGAAAUCCUUAGUCGUGGGGGAUCGUGUUGGACCUAUCACGGACACGGAGAAUAUUUCGGGCCGUGAGACGAAGCGCUCGUGGCUGGCAGCAGAUGAGGAUGGAGUCAUGGCGGAUCACAUCAUUUUUGACGAGCGCGUUUUAUGCAAACUCCCAACUUACCUCGACUGGGUCGACGCGUCCAUAAUCCCGUGCGCGGGUGUAACUGCUUGGUCAGCGUUGAAGGGCAUGAGUAUCGGACAGACUGUCUUGAUUCAAGGAACCGGUGGUGUCAGCUUUUUCGCACUCAAGCUCGCAAGGGCUGCAGGCCUUCGAGUGAUCCUGACUUCAUCAAGUGACGCAAAGCUUGAGCAAAUAAAAGAAAAAUUCCCUCACCAACCAAUCUUGACUGUCAAUUACUCGAAGACCCCGGACUGGGAUCAGGAGGUCAUGCAGCUCACCGGCGGUACUGGGGUCGAUAUCGUUGUUGAGAAUGGCGGAACAGGCUCUUUGGUGAAGAGCUUGAAUUGUACUCGACGUGGGGGCGUGGUCAGUCAGGUCGGAUACCUUGGUAAACAAGAUCCAGCUGAUCUACGCGAGCUGAUACCAACUAUCAUUGAUCGGAGAAUCAGUCUAAGAAAGCGGCGACUGAUGGGCGAUAGGGGCAUCAAUGCUGGUUCCAAGUUCGAUAUGGAAGACUUAUGUGCUGCUCUUGAAGCAGCACAAACACCGCUCAAUGAUUUAAUUGAUAAAGUGUUCUCGUUUGAGGAGGCUGAGGAUGCUGUGGAGUAUGUAUGGCAGGGUAAACAGAUUGGCAAGAUAGUCCUGCGCCUUUAG